UGCUCAUUGAAAGAAACAAAAUGGCUUUGUCCUUCAUACUUUGUGGCAUGAAACGAUUCCAAUCAUGAGUUGAACACAUAUAGCUGAUUGCACAGUAAAGCAUGGACGCUAGUUCCGUGCAGAGACCAGAACCAUAUCAAUUAUUUGUUUUUUAUGACGACAGUGAUGAACAAGCUAGGGAAGAUAUACUUCCGGUCUUAGAAACAGAGAAUAUUUCCUUUAGUUCUUUACAAGAACAUGGCAUCCCAGGCAGUUACACUUUCGAUACUGCAUUUAGUCUCGUCGCAAAGUCUAGAAAAGUACUGAUAAUUUUUUCUAAAAGUCUAUCUGUAAACAAAAUAUGCAGUCAUAUGAUAAAGGCCGCGUGCACCGAACCAAGUAUAAGGCGAAAAAUCAUCACACUGAUAACAGAUGGCAAAGUUUCGUCCGUCAAUGGUUUAUUUUGUCUUAAGGACACAUCAAUUAUAAGAUUUAACACAAAUUGGGUUUCGAACCUCAAAACUGAACUAUUGACAAUUAUACCAGGGUAUUCCAUCCUACAUGCCAAUACAGGAGCAUCAAAUUUUGUUUCGUCAAAGGGCCUUCUUCUCCAACAAAUGGACAUGGACUUGUAUGGGGUGCUGAUAACAGCCAGGAAUAAGAACUUCUUAAUCGAUCUUCCCGAAUUCUCUAAACAUAUUAAUGAGCAUACUAAGUUAAAUGUCCCACAAGCUUGCGAAGACUGUGGAUUUUUAUGCGAUCUGAAUACAACAAUUAGUUUGGGAUUUACCGAUGAUUUCCUCGAAACUGAGAAGGAAAAGUUCGGUAAUAGUGAGAUGAGUACAAGUUUACUGGAGUUGAUGAAAUGUGUUAUGGAUGCAUACAAUCCCCAUUCUAAAAGUAAUUUGUGGUCUGUGUCUUGUUCAGUGAGUGGAGAAUACAAACCGUCACAUGCCUACUACAUUAAUGAUAUGUUUGGUAGUGUCGUUUAUGCACUGUUAAACAAAGCAGCAAGUAAAAUGCAAGUUCCAUUUCUGCCUGAAUUUGAAGAUAUAAACAAGAGAAGAGAAACUUUAAAGAACAUAGAGGACAAGAGUAGAAGAGAGACGAUUGCGCUGGCAGGAUUUGUAUGCAUAGCUGAACCUGACCGCAUGCAGUGUUUUCAAUGUGGAUGGCAUAUUCCUUUGUCAGCUAUGGACCUUGAGCCAAUGUUAUAUCAUGCAAGUUACAUGCCGUUAUGCCCCUAUGUGCAACAAACAUUAGCUCCAGCGAGAUUCCCGCCGUAUCGAGUACACCAUAAGAAGUUUGAUAAUUCAGACCUGUCUAUGGAAGAUAAUGGGGAUGAAGAUUUUCAAAAGUUUGCUGAUGCCGGAUUUUAUCGCAACGGGUUUGAACACGUGAUCGAAUGCAUGAGCUGUGGACUUUGUAUCAUCAUCAACAAUGCAAACACAAGUCCCUGGGAUACACAUGCUCUUUUGUCGCCCACAUGUAAAUUUGUUCUGGAAAAGAAAGGAAUAGACUUUAUUAAAUCGGUUAAUGCACAAAGAUCUACAGAUAAAGAACCAACGAUUAUAACAUAUGCGUUGACUGAUUUCAGUUUCGACCAUAGAACGAACUGGCCAAGCAUUCUGUUCACACCAGAUACUAUAUAAGCCUGAUUGUAACAUAUUCGUAGACUGAUUUCAGUUUCGAUCAUAGAACGAAUUGGCCGAGCAUUCUGUUGACACCCGAUACUAUAUAAACCUUAGACCGAGACUAAUGGGCAUUGUCACGUGCAACAAAUCUUCAGUACUUUUUCAGUAGCAAUGAUGAUAAUGUCUACCUCAAAGAUUUCUACCUCUACCUCAUAGAAUUCGACCUCUACCUCGAAGAAUCGUACCUCUACCUCAAAGAAUCCUAUAUCUACCUCAAAGAAUUCUACCUCUACCUCAAAGAAUCCUACUCACAGAAUUCUUCCUCUUCCAGAGCAUUAAUACUCGAUAACAAUCAUAUAUUUAACACUGCAUGACAUUGUCAAAAAUGACUGGAUAACAAUCAUAUAUUUAACACUGCAUGACAUUGUCAAAAAUGACUGGAUAACAAGAAACUGAACAGAAUACUUACUUUAAUGUAUUUAUUCCAACAAGAAGUGUGACUGCUGUCUCAAUGAAAAGUAUUCAGAUAAUUGCCAUUUUCGUUUUAAAAAUCACCAAAUUUUGCAAACCUUACAGAUACAAUUAUUAUAAUUAAUAUAAAAAUAAAACCAUUUUGCUGGUAUCAAUGCUAGACCAAUACGCUUUUUGUAUGACCUUCAGAGUUAAAAUCUUACAACUGGUACAUACAUUAGGGGCUGAAUAAAUACUAAAGUUUUCUUGCCUUACGCCUCACACGUUAGAAAUUUUGAUAACACGAUAUUUGAUGAUUCUUAUAGAAGGACAAUACAAAUGCAAAACCGUUAUGAUAUUUAUUUAUUUAUAUGUGAUAACUAUUUAUUCAUAUGUUCAUAUGUGCUAUUUAUUUGUAUGUACUUACUAUUCAUUUAUAUGUUCAUAUGUGCUAUUUAUUUGUAUGUACUUACUAUUUAUUUAUAUGUGAUAACUAUUUAUCAUACACGAAAACUAAUUACUAAUGAAAACACAUCUUUUAACCAAUUGUAAAUUGAAAAAGUUUCAAAUCUGCCUUGUCUAACCUUCGAAAUAU